UUUAAUGGCGUGGGGUCAAGUCACUGCUACCGUCUAUGGGCUCAUCCGGGAUUCCAAGCACGCCGAUGCGAUCAAAUUUCUUGAGGAGCAGCUGUGGCUGUUCCCGGAGAAUCAAGCCGCGCUGUCGCUGCUGGGGUAUUGUCACUAUGUUCUUGGGGAUUUCCACGCUGCGUCCUCAAUGUACCAGAAGCUGACGAAAAUUUGCCCCAACCAAGAGAACUAUCGCUUGUAUCACGCUCAAUCGCUCUACAAGGCCGGGAUGCUUUGUGAAGCUGGAAAAGUGUGCCUCUCGCUGGAAGGAAUGCAGCGUAGAGUUUUGGGAUUGCAGGCUUGCAUUCGAUACGAGGAGGGAGAUAUUGCUGGUAGUCGAAUGAUACUGGAGGAACAAUCUCGCGAUGAUAUGGACGCUGCUGUUAAUCUCGGAUGCUGCCUUUACAAGGAAGGAAGCUAUCAAGAAGCGUAUUCCAAGUUUACUGAUGCAAUAAACGCAUUUGGUUUUCAGCCCGAGCUGGCCUACAACAGAGCUGUUUGUCUCUACCGUCUAAAGCAUUACGGUCCAGCUCUUAGUGUUCUUGCAGAAAUUAUUGAACAUGGAGUGCGACAAUAUCCCGAACUCAGCAUUGGUAGCCACGUAGAGGGCAUUGAGCUAUGUAGCGUUGGAAACAGCCCAGCGCUCAAAGAAUCUGCAUUAGUCGAAGCUUUCAACUUGAAGGCUGCCAUUGACUACGCUAAUGGAAAUUUGGAGGCCGCAAAGGAAAACCUCACUGACAUGCCACCACGUGCAGAAGAAGAGUUAGACUCGGUCACGCUUCACAAUCAAGCCCUGAUGAAUAUGGAAGUUGAUCCUACUGCAGGCUUCCGUAAACUUAAUUUUUUGUUGCAGAAUCCUCCAUUUCCUUCAGAGACAUUGGCUAAUCUACUUCUGCUGUAUUGUAAACCUUCCCAUGGAUUCUACGACCUUGCUGCUGAUGUAAUGGCAGAGCAUGCGGAAGUUAUCUUCAAGUAUCUAUCUCAGGACCUCUACGACUUUAUUAACUGCAUCAUUUUGACAAAGACGUCACCGGAGGAUGCAUAUCAAAAGAUGAAUGAGCUGGCAAAUCGUUAUAGUGAAACCAUGCGCAGGCUCACCAAACAAAUCCAGGAUUCUUGUCUUUCUCGCGAUCAGGAGGGCCACAAGAAGGCUUUGGCAGAGUAUGAAGACUGUCUUGAGUAUUAUAUACCUAUCAUCAUGGCAAUUGCAAAGCUUUUCUGGGACAAAGAAAAUUACGUGCAAGUAGAGCGUAUUUUCCACCAGUCAGCAGACUUGUGUUCGGAUCAUCCUGUUUGGCGACUGAAUGUCGCUCACACUUUCUUUAUGCAGGAUAAUCGCUACAAAGAAGCAAUCCAUUACUAUGAACCAAUUGUAAAGAAAGCGGGAGAUGACAUUCUCAGUGUCACAGCAAUUGUGCUCGCGAAUCUCUGCGUUUCAUACAUUAUGACCAGCCAGAAUGAAGAGGCCGAAGAUUUGAUGCGAAAGAUUGAAAAAGAGGAAGAGAGAGCGCACUACGAGAAUCCAGACAAGCAGGAAUUGCAUUUAUGCAUUGUAAACCUUGUGAUCGGUACCCUCUACUGCGCAAAACAAAACUUCGAGUUCGGUAUUAGCCGUAUCAUCAGAAGUCUGGAGCCUUAUGGGAAAAAGCUGGAAGCAGACACGUGGUUUUAUGCAAAGCGUUGCUUUCUUGCAUUGGUUGAUAGCCUUGCGAAACAGAUGAUCGUGUUGAAGGAUGCGACAUACGCCGACAUAGACGACUUUCUUGAUGCUGCGGACAGCCAAGGCAAGACUGUCUACACAUCCGUGGAGAGUCCCGGCGAGGGCCAGAACUCCAACACGGUCUCCAGAGAAGCCAGGCUGCUCAAGAGGAUGUUUCUGAAGAUUAGAGAAUGAGGUAUGUCCGUCCAUUCAGCUUGCUAGUUUCUAAGAUAACUUCAUUACAGGUAGGCAUGGCUUGCAAGCCUUGGUGUUGCAAAAACUUCAAGUGGAACCUUUCGUCUAACCGCCACUCCUUCCGAGAUCUCGUCCAUGCUCAGCUCCUUGCCACUGACCUUCCACUCGAACCCAUGGACGAGACGAGCAAGUGUACGAAACCAUGGGGCUACGCCAAGAGACAAUCCGGAACAGAUCCUUCGACCAGAUCCAAAAGGCAGCAGCUCAAAGUUCUUGAGGUUGACGAUCUCACUAGCCAAAGAUGGUUGCCACUGCUUGUGAGGUAGGGUUCGCGGAGAGAUUCUUCGUUCGCGGCGGCAGCUCUCCUCUGGCGACAAUGUCGCUGCCGCUGAAGCGCCGCGCGGAGGCGCUUGAGGAUGAUUUAGGCCCUACGCCUCUCCGUGAUGCUCUUGCGGGUUUGUAUUCUGGGCGAGACCCAAGCUUCCUGUGGGAUCCAUCUGGAGUAUCCGCCCUACGACGAAUUUCGACACGAACCUUAGAGCCCAAUACAAGUACGUAGGGAGGGAGGGUGCAGAGAGGCUGUAUGGUGCGAUGACGAGCAUGAGAGCUAGGCAACAUAUGCAGGUUUUAGGUGCCAAAGGUACUGGGAAGAGCACAGUGAUAUCCACCAUCUCUGGCUACCUCAUUGGCUCUCAGAUGAUGAGUGUAGUUUAUAUCUCCGUGCUGCGCUACAUUGCGGAACCUGUUUUGGUCCUCAGGGAAGCCUUGAUCGUGGCAUCACUCUCCUCAA